AUGGCUGCAGUGAAGGGAUUGUACGGGUCGAUAGAUGAGUUCUUGAAGGACUGUUCACAGUCAGGUGACUCUGCCUACAGUGCAUUCAGAUCACUUCUAGAGCGCCUCGAGGAUCCGAAGACCCGAACCGAAGCCAGGAUCUUCUUUGCACAUCUCAAGAAAAAGCUCGAAAGCGAUGGAGCGUCCGAUCAGUGUCUGGAUACUUACCAUUUCCAAAUACAAGACGUAUAUCUCGGACAAAAUGAAGGUUAUCAAAAGAGAAACAAGCUGACUAUGAUGGUGAUCCCCAGCAUCUUUAUGCCAGAGGACUGGUCCUUUACUUUCUACGAAGGGCUGAAUAGACAUCCUGACACUAUCUUCAAAGACAAAAUAGUUGCUGAACUUGGUUGUGGAAAUGGAUGGAUAUCAAUAGCAAUUGCCGAGAGAUGGUUGCCAUCGAAGGUUUAUGGCCUUGAUAUAAAUCCAAGAGCAGUGAAGAUUUCCUGGAUAAACUUGUAUUUAAAUGCUUUCGAUGAGAAUGGAGAGCCUAUUUAUGACCACGAGAAGAAAACUUUGCUCGACAGAGUGGAGUUUUAUGAAUCUGAUCUGCUAUCUUAUUGCAGAGAUAAUCACAUAGAGCUUGAACGAAUUGUUGGAUGUAUACCACAGAUUCUCAAUCCAAAUCCCGAUGCAAUGUCCAAGCUUAUCACGGAAAACGCAAGUGAAGAGUUUCUAUAUUCAUUAAGCAACUACUGUGCACUACAGGGUUUUGUUGAGGAUCAAUUUGGGUUAGGUCUAAUUGCUAGGGCAGUUGAAGAAGGAAUUGAAGUGAUGAAACCAAUGGGAAUCAUGAUUUUCAAUAUCGGAGGUCGACCAGGGCAAGCUGUUUGUAAAAGGUUAUUUCAAAGGCGUGGUCUCAUUGUGACACAGCUAUGGCAGACUAAAAUUCUUCAGGCUUCUGACACUGACAUUUCGGCUUUAGUUGAAAUUGAGAAGAAAAAUCCACAUCGUUUUGAGUUUUUCAUGGGACUUGUUGGGGAUCAACCAAUUUGUGCUAGAACUGCAUGGGCUUUUGGGAAGGCUGGUGGACGUAUUUCUCAUGCUUUGUCAGUUUACAGCUGUCAGCUUCGACAACCGAAUCAGGUUAAAAAAAUAUUCGAGUUUCUGAAAAACGGGUUUCAAGAUAUCAGCAAUUCCUUGGAUUUAUCAUUUGAAGACGACUCUGUUGCUGAUGAGAAGAUACCUUUCCUAGCAUAUCUUGCUAGUGUUUUGAAAGACGAUUCACACUUCCCAUAUGAGCCUCCAUCUGGAAGUAAAAGGUUCCGGAAUCUUAUUGCAGGCUUCAUGAAAACAUACCACCAUGUACCAAUCACCGCUGAUAAUGUUGUUGUGUUUCCUUCACGAGCUACAGCAAUUGAGAAUGCUCUGCAAUUGUUUACUCCCCGUCUUGCCAUUGUUGAUGAUCAUCUUAGCAGACACCUACCCAGGCAAUGGUUAACUUCACUUCAGAUGGAGCAUAACGAGAAUGAUAAUUCGUGUGCAAGUGGAAUUACAGUUAUAGAAGCACCACGCCAAUCAGAUUUAAUGAUAGAGCUGAUAAAGAAGUUACGGCCACAAGUUGUGGUUACUGGGAUGGCUGAGUUUGAGGCUGUUACUAGUUCUGCUUUUGAGCAUAUUUUAAUGACUACAAUGGAAAUUGGAGCUCGUCUUUUUAUAGAUAUAUCUGAUCAGUUUGAGCUUUCUAGCCUCCCCAGUUCUAAUGGGGUCCUCAAAUAUCUUGCUAGAACUCCAUUGCCUCCUCAUGCAGCUAUUAUCUGUGGAUUAUUGAAAAAUCAGGUUUAUAAAGAUCUUGAAGUAGCUUUUGUGAUAUCAGAAGAGCCAACCAUUUGUAAGGCAUUGUCUAAGAGUGUGGAGCUACUACAGGGAAAUAUCGCACUAAUUAGCCAAUACUAUUAUGGUUGUCUUUUCAACGAACUUCUCUCAUUCCAGCUUCCUGAUCGACAUCCACCUGCAGAGAGGGAAUCCAAUGAUGCAAAAUCCAGUGAAAUGAUCGGCUUUUCAACAUCAGCAAUCUCGGUUCUUACCAACUCGGAAUUCUCAAUAACAGAAACCGAAAACUCUCCCCUGAUCCACAUGGAUGUGGACCAAAUCUUUCUCCCCACUCCAACUCCCGUAAAAUCCGCCAUUUUCGAAAGCUUCGCAAGACAAAACGUAACAGAAUCCGAAUGCGACACAACACCCAGCCUCAAAACAUUCAUCAAAACCGCAUACGGUUUUUCCACCAAUCACAAUUCAGAAUUCAUAUACGCAGACUGCCCACAAGCCAUUUUCACCAAAUUAGUCCAUACAUGCAUUCAAGAAAAUGCCACUCUCUGUUUGCCAACAGGAUCAAACGGGAACUACAUUUCCGUUGCCAAAUUUCUAAAUGCAAAAAUCAUGCCAGUUGUCACCAAGCCCGAAAACCAUUUCAAAAUGACCCAAGAUCAACUCAGUGAUGUAUUGGAAAACGUGAGUAAACCAUGGGUUUAUAUUGCGGGGCCCACGGUAAACCCGACCGGUUUGAUCUACAGCAAUGAGGAAAUCGGAAAUUUGCUGACUGUUUGUGCGAAAUACGGGGCCCGGGUUAUAAUUGAUACUUCGUUUUCUGGGGUGGAGUUUGAACAGAAUUAUGGGUUGAAAGAGUGGGAUUUGGAUGGGAGUUUGGUGAAAUUGAUUUCGGGAAAACCGAGUUUUAAUGUGUGUUUGCUUGGAGGGUUGUUUUUUAAGAUGGUUAGUGGAGGGAUUACGUUUGGGUUUUUGGUUGUAGAUCGGAGGUUUUGGGGUGAUGGGAUUUAUAAUUUUUCAGGGUUGAGUAAACCGCAUAGUACUAUUAGAUAUACUGCAAAAAAGUUGCUGGAUCUUAGAGAGCAGAAAGCGGGGGAUCUUUUGGAUGCUACUCAAGGACAGUGGAAGUUGCUGUCUGGAAGAUUUAAACAGCUGAAAGAGACACUGGAGGGGUGUGGUUGGGAGGUAGUUGAAGCUUGUGGUGGUGUUUCCAUAGUUGCAAAGCCAUCUGCUUACAUAGGAAAAAAAUUGGAGCUGAAUCAACAAAAUUCUUCUUGCUCUUGGAAAGCCGUUUUGAAUGACUCGAAUAUCAGAGAAGCAAUGGUUAGAGCCACUGGUCUUUGCAUCAAUGGUCCUUCAUGGACUGGAAUCCCGGGCUAUUUUCGGUUCACGUUAGCACUACAAGACACAGAUUUUAACCGGGCUUUAGAAUGCAUCAUCAAGUUCAAUGAACUUGUCAAUUUUUAACUUUUAUAGAUCAAUGGCGGCGGCAGCCAUUAUGUGGGAACACAAACGUGACUAGGGGUGUGGUUUUACAAGUCAAGUUGGAAAAAUAAUCUGUGUAUUUUGGACGGAAACUGGAAAUUCAUUUUAUAAUAUUAUCCACUUGUCAUGGAUUACGAUUAA